UCCAUCAACCCAAACCAGUCCUAUAGCAAAGCUUAUUUCCCAUGGAAGCCAAACAGCCCCAUGUAGUCAUUUUCCCAUUCAUGGCCCAGGGCCACACCAUCCCGUUACUGGACCUCUCCAAGGUCCUGUCAUGCAAGGGCCUCAAGGUGACCAUUAUCACUACCCCAUCAAACUCCCCUUUCAUCCUCCAAUCCACAUCCAACCACCCCAAAAUCCGUGCCGUUGAGCUUGAGUUCCCUAUCAUCGAAGGCCUACCCAAGGGCUGUGAAAACACUGACCAGCUCCCAUCCAUGGACUUCUAUGUCGCAUUUUUACGUGCCACCAAGCAACUCCGGCGUCCAUUCGAGCGGCUCCUGCAUGAGAUGUCCACCGGUCGGGAUCUUCCCAUCUGUGUGAUCUCUGACUUCUUCUUGGGGUGGACCCUUGCCGCAUGCCGCGAGUUCAACGUCCCUCGGCUCGUCUUCCAUGGCAUGGGAGUGUUUUCGAUGUCAGCAUGCAAGUCCGUACUCUUGCAUGGACCACAUAAGCAUGUGAGCAGAGACGAUGAAUCUUUUAGUGUGCCAGGGCUCCCGGUGACUACCCUGCUGACUUUAGCGGAUCUACCCCAAUUUAUUUCUAAUUUCGACCCAACUACAGACCCGCUUGCUCAAUUUAUGAUGGAGACCGUGGACUCGGAACUAGACAGCUGGGGCGUGGUUGUUAACAGCUUUUUAGAAAUGGAGAUUGAUUAUGUGCCAGCUUUAGAGUCCUUCUACAGGAAUGGGGCGAAGGCAUGGUGUGUGGGACCUAUUUUGUUGUACAACGAAAUGGAGGAUGCAAAGCAGACCCGAGAUGAUGUGGCCCCGAAUAGAUACCCGACAGGUAAAUGCAUUGAAUGGUUAGACAAACGUAGCAUAUCACCAUGUUCUGUCAUCUAUGUAUCAUUUGGGACCCAAACCCACAUCUCCAACGCCCAGCUAGACGAGGUUGCCUUGGGAUUGGAGAUGUCAGGCCAGCCGUUCAUCUGGGUGGUACGAUCGAUAACAUGGUCCCCGCCUGAUGGAAUGGAAGAGAGGAUAAAAGAGAGAGGUCUGAUCAUAAGAGAAUGGGCCCCACAAAGGCGAAUCCUCGCUCACCCAGCCAUUGGAGGGUUCCUGAGUCAUUGUGGCUGGAACUCAGUGCUGGAGAGCAUCUCAGGAGGGGUGCCGAUCCUAGCUUGGCCAAUGAUCGCCGAGCAGCGCUUGAAUGCCAAGUUCGUUGUGGAUGAACUCCAAGCUGGGGUUAAGAUCGUCGGCUGCGCCAGUGCCGAGGAGGGAACUGUCAUUGAGAAGGGCGUGAUCUGUAAGGGAGUGGAGGAGCUGAUGGGCAAAGAUGGAGGAAGGAGGUUCAGGGAGAGUGCUAAAGAGCUGAGUCGGGUGGCAAGGCGAGCCGUCCAUGAAGGUGGGUCAUCUGAUAAGAGAUUGGAUGAGAUGAUUAAUCGUUUAAUUAAUCAGGCUAAGUAGGAUUAUAUUUGGGAUAAUGGAUGUGGAUUACUUGAGAAAAUAUAUUUGCAGAAUUUAUGUGUGCAUUGCUUUCAAUGGGAUUAUAUUAGCUUUAAUUAAAGAAAAAAGAAAUGUAUUUAUGUAUGUAAUUAAAUGCAUGAAAGUCGGUGUUCUUCCGCAUUGUAUGGGUCAUGCUAAGUGGGGAACGGAUUAGGUGUUACCCUUACCGUAUGGGGCCCACCUUGAUGUAUUUAUUAUAUAUCCAUUUCGUCCA